AUGCCACCUUUACGCACUCCUUUGCGCUCCAUCUCUGGGAAUCGUUCUAAGGGUUCAGAGAUCUCCCAUUAUAUGCGUGGUCAAGUUAUGGGAAAGGCUUCUGAGGGUGCAAAAUUAGUUGCGAUUGCGAAGGCUCUAAAACUCGAUAGAUCGACCGUUAAUUACACACUUUAGCAAGACACAUUGCGCGAUGACAGCCACUCCCUACCACGAAAGCCAAGGAACAAGUCGUAUACCGAUGCCGAAGAGAGACGCCUACUUUAUCAUAUUCAUUUAAACUCAAAGGAUACUUACGCACAAGUCAUCAAGGCUUGUAGCCUCCGUUGCAGGCCCAUUACUAUUAAGAAGAUCCUCAAGCGUUAUGGCAUAUGUAAUUAGAGAGCAAAGAGGUACCCGGAGCUUAUAGAAGUUUACGCGUUGGCACGACUUGCUUGGUGCCUUGUACGAGAGGGCUAGACUGCGGAAGAGUAGGGAUUAGUGUACUGGAGUAAUGAGUGUUCUGUAAAGCAGGGGCAGGUUAAAAGGGGGGAAUAAUGCUUUUGUAUACCAGCACAAAAAUGGCAUAAAGAGAUGGUCCAAACCUAUGGUACAGGCAAAAAUAUAAAAGUCAUGGUUUGGG